AUGCCUGGAGGAGCUCCACUCAAACGGGUAGAAUCCUUAGAGAAAGAGCUAGGGCAUUUGAAUGAUAGGCUGGAGACUCAAGGGCACCAGAUUCAGUUCCAGGGCGACUCCAUUGUGUCAAUGCAGUUGAAGAUGGACCAGAAAAUUGAAGAAGUUUUGAAGGCUAUAGCCAAGGGAAAGAAUCCAGCAGAAGAGAGCAAGGAGGAUGAAUUGUUAUCCUCGGGGAUAGAGACGCCAAGAGGAACAGGGACUGGAAGUAGCCACGAUGGAGGAGGCGGUGGAGGCCGAGGAAUGGGUGAACCAGGGGGAGGACUCAACUGGCGAUUUCGGAAACUCGAUAUGCCACUCUUUGACGGGGAACACCCCGAUGGUUGGAUCUUGCGAGUCGAACGCUACUUCAAUUUUUACAAGCUCUCCGAAGCGGACAAAAUGGAGGCGGCGGUGGUGGCCCUAGAAGGCGACGCCCUUCUAUGGUUCCAAUUGGAACACACGCAACGACCGGUGACUCGAUGGCAGGAGAUGAAGUCGCUUCUUCUGCGCCAGUUCCGUCCGGUUAACGCAUGUACGUUACAUCAACAAUGGCUCGCUUUAACUCAAUCUGGGUCGGUUUUGGAGUACCACUGGUCUUUCAUCGAAUUACUUGCCCCUUAUGGGCCAAUUCAUCAAUGGGCUGAAGGAUGA